GUUGGACGAGGCCUAUAACUGAUUUAGAAUAGCGUAGCAACCACAAAAUAAACUGCUAGCUAGCUAAACGAGUACCGUCUGGGCUUCUGUGAGCUGCCAUUUUGUCUUGGAAACACUUGGGCAUGGCUGGGGAUGCUGUUCCAGUGCUACGCUUUCUACUAGCUCUCGUGCUGAUAGUGAAACUGACCCUAUUGACCCAAGGCGGAGUUUAGAAAACGCAGUUGAAGCCCUACUGAGUACGAGUGGCCACAAACAAGACCAGAAACCUGAAACUGUGCCUGCGCAGCCAAGUUCAAGAAGGUACACCAUUCCAGUGACUGAUACGGAUGUAGCUAAAGCCAGAGUUGAGUCUGUACCCAAAAAGACACGAGAAGACUCCUCUUACUGUGUGAAAGACUGGGCAAGCAACAGGCAACAAAAUGUUGAAAUUCCACCACUGGCAGAGUUGGACAAGCAAGGUCUUCAGUACUGGCUGAGUCGCUUUUUGAUGGAAAUCAGAACAAAGAAAGGUGCAAAGUAUGCUCCAAACUCACUCCAUCAUAUAGUUUCUGGAAUUAUGCGUCAUUUACGUCAGAACUGCGGAAGACCAGAUAUCGAUUUCUUCAAGGACCAUGAGUUUGCAAAUGAAGCGACUUCAAUCUGCUGGUGUUGGCUCUGUACGUAAGCAGGCUGAACCAAUUUCCCAAGAAGAAGAGUUGCUGUGGGAGAAAAAACUCUUAGGAGACCACAGCCCGGACGCUCUUUUGAACACAAUGGUGUGACUCUACUUUGCAUUGCGCAGUGGAGGUGAGCACAGACAACUUCGCCAUAAUCCUUGCCAAAUUGAACUUUGUGAGCCUCGAAAUGAACGAUCAUUCCUCAGAUACAGAGAAGACAUAUCGAAGAAUCGUCCCGGAGGAUUGAAAGGACGCAAAAUCAAGCCCAAAGUAGUGGUUCACUAUUCAAAUCCCGAAAAUCCUCAGAGAUGCUUUGUUGAGCUGUUUAAGAGAUACAAUAGCUUGUGUCCUCAUGAUCGCCCGAGCAAUGCGUUCUACCUCUCUCCUCUGACAAAACCUAAACAAGAUUGCUGGUUUUCCCGAGCACCUUUGGGACAUAACACCUUGAAGAACAUACUGAAGAACAUGUGAAAGCGAAUACAAGGUUUUAAAACGAACCAUUCACUCAGAGCCACAGCUGCAACCAGGUUGUACUCAAGUGGUGUUGACGAACAACUCGUAAUGGAGCGUACAGGCCAUCGCAGUAUCGAAGGAAUCAGAGGCUACAAGCGAACUUCCUUAGAGCAGCAAUUUCAGACAUCCUACAGCCUCGUUUGGACAUUGUGCCUGUAUCCAGAAGCCAAUUCACAGAGCCAUCUCUGCCUCCUCCAAUGGCUGCCACCACAUUUCCUUGCUCACAGGUGUCGACUAACAACAUCAGCGCACCUCGCACCUCAUCCUCAAGUGAUGAUCAUGCAGGAAUAUUCUAUAUAAGUUCAUGCUCAAACAUAUCUAUAAACAUUAAU